CCCACCAAAGAACAAUGGAGUCCUAUUAUAUUCUGGUUUUAUUAGCAGGAAUUUUAGUUGCUUUUGUAUUGCUGGUUUUAAUUGCAACUGAUCAUUUCUUCAAGGAGCAGAUUCCUUCUGAUGUUGACCAGCCAGCAAAGCUCCGCCUUUAUCACUGUUUGUACACUCUGAUGGACAUUCUGGCAACGAAUUUAAACCACUUGGGUAUCAUCAGGGAGCACACACUUAUCAGGCUGAUCACAGGGGGACUCCCAGCAUGGCAGGAUUCCCAGCUCUUCAUUAAAGAUCUGCAUUUUGAUGGGGUACCCAUGAGGAUUUACCUCCCAAGAGAACCAUCUGCCAGCAAACGGAGAGGAGUCAUCUUCAUCCAUGGAGGAUGUGGCAUUUUUGGAAGCAUCAGGAGUUAUGAAAGAAUUUGCCGGUACAUAGCCAGAAAAUCUGAUUCAGUGGUUGUGUCUCUUGGGUAUCAUUUAGCCCCUGAGUUCAGGUAUCCAGCCCAGACUCUGGAAUGCCUCAGUGCCACCGUGCACUUCCUGAAGACUGCAGACACCUACGGGGUGGAUCCCGCUCGGAUUGUUGUUUGUGGGGACAGUGUAGGGGGCACAUUUGCUACCAGUGUUUGCCAAGAGCUUGUGCACAGGACAGAUAUCCCCAAGAUUCGUGCCCAGGUGCUGAUCUAUCCAUUUCUCCAAGCUCUGAACUUCAAUCUGCCAUCUCACCAGAAAAAUGCUGCCGUUCCCUUCCUGCUCCGGGAGCGCGCAGUCCAUUUUAUUCUCAAAUACCUGAAUAAGGAUUGCUCCCUGAAGGAACCAAUGCUGGCUGGUUCUCAUGUUCCUGAGACUAUAAAUUUGAAAUACAGGAAAUGGAUAAGUCCAGAUCUUAUUCCAGAUGAGUUUAAAGUGGGCUAUAAACCACCACUGCCCACUUUGUUUUUGCCUCAAGUCCAUGAAGAAGUGCAAGAGCUGUUUGAACCCCGGGUGUCCCCUCUGCUGGCAGAGGAUGCUGUUGUCUGUGCUCUCCCUGACACCUGUAUUGUCACCUGUGAGCAUGAUGUGCUCAGGGAUGAUGGGCUGUUGUACAAGAAACGCUUGGAGGACAACAAUGUACAUGUGACCUGGCACCACGUGGAAAAAGGCUUUCAUGCUGCACUGGGAUUUUUUGGGUAUGGUAUUUUCUCUUUCCCAUCAUCAAAUACUAUAAUUAAUCAUGCUGUAGAUUUUAUCAAAGGCUAUUAAAUAAUUUUCUUGCAUACAGUGCACUGGUAUUUAGGAAGAGUGUGAUUCAAUUAAAUUAUUCAGUUAAAUUAUUCAAUUAAAUUAUUCAAUUAAGUAUUUACUACCUAUUUGCCCAUUAGAAUCAAGGCAAGAACUGAUGACAUUAGCAUGGUCUGCUGAAUUCUGAUUUUUACUUGCUAUUACUUAAGAACGUGAUGUUUAGAGGCUUUUUGUAAGCUUGCUUUGAUGCUCUCUUCUUGCAUUGUAAGAAUUUUUGUUCUCUUCAUAUGUCAAAGAAUAAAAACUC